GUUCCUUUCAAAGUUUCUUUGUCAAGAUUCAAGACAGUCUUGACUCCAGAGGAAGGGCCCGAGGUGCCGGCAGCUGGGUAGAUGCUUUGAUUGUGCACUGAGGUUGCUGCUGGAAACCGUUUGACCUCUCCUUAGCCUUAGGCUUUGGUAUCCGAAAUGGCAGGGACCGUAGUAUCCAAUGGGGUGGUCGCAGGCCAGACUGCGGGGGUGGCGUUUGCUCAACAUUCGGAUGCUAGGCGAUCCAGGCAAAGUGCUGCAGCGUCUGCGUCAUACCUUCCAUCUGCUAGGCGCUGUGGCACGGCAUCCAAGCCCUUUCUGUCUGGGUCUUCAUUGCUCCUUCCACAAUCCAACCUGAUUUCAGCUGAGAAGAGGAAGAACAAUGCAGUGCAGAAGGGUGAAACAACCUGUGGUCUGCUGGACUUUGUCGGAAGAGACUUGCUCAGGUUUGACACCGGCAAAUGGUAUGAGGAUGUGGAGCAGAAUGGGGCCAUGGCCAUGUACAUGCCCUUGGAAGGUGGCCCCGAGGGACGAUACGUGUUGAAGCUGAAAGACGAAGGGUAUCACAUACUCAAUCUGAAUGCAAGGGGUCUUGGGGACCCAGAAGCAUACCUGAUGAAAGUCCAUGGGGUUAGGCCGGCCCACUUUGGAAAAGAGCCUAUUGCAACCUUCUACAUGCCUCCAGAAGUUGACUUCCGGUUGUCCCUGCUCCAUCCGGACUCCAAGGGUCUAGUGCUGUGGCUGACCGAUGGCAAGGUUUUGUCACGUGCGGAGUUGCAGUACCUCACCCUGAUUCCAGUCCUCCGUCCUAAAGUCCGAGUUGUUGUUGAAAUGGGUGGAGCCCGGCAAGUUGAGUGGUACCCAUUGAAAGAGAUUGUUGGCAUGCCCCCACCGGACGCAACAAUCCUUCCCGGAGAGAAGAAGACCCAAGUCUGAUGUUACUUGGCACGAGUAGGUUGCUCUAUUGAUCGUGGAGUCUCUUCCGGCUUUGAAGAGCAGCUUUGCCACUCUUACAUAUCCUUCGGGCAUGCUUCUCUCACCUCUACCUACUUUAAGCUUGGUACAUUGUGGCAAUCAAUUUGUCUGCACACAAUUUGCAACUAAAGCGAAUAAUUGAGAGUGGGGCUUGAAGCACAAGAACAAUAUGUGGCACAAGCGAUCAAUGGCUUAUAUGUGAAGAUGGUCGUAUUAUUCCCUUCACCGAUCAUGCG